AUGGAGGGGUCCCCAAUAGAGAACGAGGCGCGCGAGGACCUAAGACCAUCUAUGGCGCCUGCCUCUGCACUUCUCCCCAAUUCGGCAGCUUACAGCGCGGAUGUGGACGCCAUCGAGAUCGCCGACGUUGACAUCAAAGAACCUUUUCCUGCCGGAGCAGACCGCCGUGACAUGCUCGUGGGAACAGGUGGCGCCUUGAGGGGCGGGGAAGAGAUGCCGCCGUGCAUAUCAGCGCCGUACAUGGAGGCGCUGCUCAACACAGACCCCCGCAUUUCCUUUGAUGCGCUGCACAUUGGGGCCCUUCGCGCCAUCGAGGAGCGGGAGGAGAUGAACCGCCCUCACUACGACUACCUCUCGUGGUGUGUCCCUCCCACCGAGUUUGUGGAGCACCCCCCGAGCGGAGGAGUGCCCUUCUUCACGGUGCCGUUGAUGCAUCCGGCGGUGCGCACUCGGCCACCACUCGAUCGGAGCGACCACGAGGUAGAUGAGCUACUUUCUCACCCCACCAGAGAAACUCUGAUUGCUGCCAUCGGGGCCGAUAUGCUGGAACACCUACGCUUCAGCCGCAAUGUUGACAUGACGCGACGACGCCGCUCAAAACGGGCGGCGGCGGGAGGCAAGGGUUAA